AUGUCGCCCAUUCUGGAUUUUGGCCUCGAGCCGGUGCCACGUCAGUUCGAAGAGGCGCAGAAAGUUUGCCUAGCAGCCAUGGGACCGCCGCUGUUCAUCGCUCGAUCCGUCGAGAAAGCCAGCUAUCUCAACAAGCUGCUCGAGGAAGUGAGGAAAAUUGCAGGAGAUGAUCCAGAGCUGGGACUGUCGGUCAAGUACAGACGCACUCAAGAUGACGACAGAUUCGAGAUGUUCGCCACAUACGAAGGGCCCGACGGGCAGACGCUAUCUUUCCUGACGGAUCUCGAGAGCGGGGAGGUCGACUUCUGGAGCUGGGUAUAG